AUGAGGCAGGCUGGAGCCAAUGGGAAUGCUCCUCACAAUGGUGAACGACCAUCACAGAGGGGACGAAAACUGAAACAGUAUGUACUUGAAGAAAAACUUGAUAUCAUUGAUUACGCUAAGGUUAUCGGCAAUCGAGCCGCAGGCAGAGAGUUCAAUGUUGCUGAGAGUUCCAUAAGGGAAUGGAGGAAGAAUGAACAACGACUGAGAUCGAUGUUCGAAACAACUCCAGAGCGAUCGAGGUUAGAUGGCGGUGGCAGGAGGCCGUUAAGUGAGGAUCUUGAGAAGAGUCUUUUGCUGUAUAUAGCGAGCAAAACAGCCACCGACUCCACACCUUUGACAUGGUAUAAAAUCAAGGAGAAAGCGAAUGAUAUUUGGAACGAAAUUUGUGAACGUGAUGGCGACCUGAAGGCGAAAGAGUUCUCAGCAAAUAUGGGCUGGGUGGCACGUUUCAUAAAACGCAACAAUAUUCUUCUUCCAGCGCCGUCCUCUCAAAAUAGCACCACCACCACCUCAGUUGAACGUAAUGAUUUGUUGAGUCGCUCAACUGAAACAUCUCUGAACAGGACAAUAACCAUGCCAAACGCUCCCAAUGGUCUUCUGAAUCAAGCCGAUGCUACUACCACAGUGAUAAGCGCCGCGCAGCAACAAAACACUCAAAUUGUAUCGCCGAAACGACGAAGGAAAAAUUUCACACCAAAGAAAUUAGUUGAUCACACUGUGAUCGACGCAGCAAUCGUGCCUCUAGGAACUGGCGUGAUCGAAUCCAAGGAUUUCUCAUCGCUAAUCGACGUCUCUGUGAUACCGCAAACAGCCGUUACGGUAGUGACGAUGUGCGAAGAGGAUGAGAAUAUAGACGUGUGCUUUUGA